UUUGUGCCAACAUUUGCUGCAACAAUCUCGAUUUAGCAUUUAACAAAAAAACAAAAAAAACCCUCCCUAGUCGACAAUAAACUCCUUAAACAAUAUCACCCCCUUUUCCCCAAAAACCUCAAACGAAUUUUUACUUAUCCAUUCUCCUUACUCACGAACGCCAUACUAAACUUUUUAGAGUUUUUAAUUCAUCUUGUUUACAAAAUUUUUUAAUCGUGGCCAACAAUAGCAAAUCAAAUAGACGCAAUAAAAUGGCAAAUUCCGGUGAUAUAUGGUUACAAUGGUUCUCCUGUUGUUUCCAUCAACCACAAUCGCCUUCGCGACGAAGACAUCAACGUUUACGUAUCGAUCGUUCGAUGAUUGGUAAUCCUACGAAUUUUCAACAUACCGGUCAUAUUGGUUCAGCCGAUGUGGAAUUGUCGACCAAUCAUUUAAAUGCAAUACAAACACAAAUGCAAAGUAAGGGCGGCUAUGAGAUGAAUUCAAUACAAUUGCAGGCCUGCUGAUAGUAUUUUUAAGUUUAACCCAUCAAGGACUUUUGGCCUAAAGUUUGUUAUUAAAUUUUGCCGAUAACGUAAAAUAAACAAAAAGAAUACAGAGUGUUAUUAAGAUGUUUCAUUUCCAAGGACUCUGUAGUGCAAUCUCGCUUUUAUUAAUUGUUAAGCCGUUUAUUAUUAUAAGAACAUUAUUUUAUAGAGAAUUAAAAUGCACUCUUCAAACUGCCGAUAAUGACCGAGACAAAAUCCCCCCUCCCCCCUGUAACUAAUGCGCUAACAAGCAGAGAGUAAGUGUGUGAAAGUAUUUAUAGAGAAACUAA